AAAACGUCACGCAAUCAAAUCACGUGACGAAAAGAUGGUGGCAGUGGUUGCUUUUUUGUCAGAGGUUGUUUGGUUGUAGUUAAAUUACAUGAAUUCUCUUCCUAUGUUUGUGCAAUACGUGCACCAUUUCUAUUGUUUAUGAAGCGAUUGCUAAGUAAUCUUCCAACGAACAAAUCUUACUAUAACAAUCAUAACAAUACUUCACGGUACUAUGAAAUUUCCGCCAUACCUGUUCGCAGGUGGUUGUUUCAAAAAACUUGAUGACGUACAAGACAUACAUUCGGCACAAAACUUUGUAUAAUUCUUGAAUUGCUCACUCUUUUUUGUCUUGUAAGAAAUGCCUGACACCUUAUUGAAAGGUAAUUUUGAUAGUGAAAAUGUUGAGGGAAUAAUAAAUAACUGUGUUGAUAAAUUGCAUAGUAUCUUAAAGCGCUUGCGAAGCGUUAUCACUGAAGAAGAUCAAAACGUUUUGCAAGAAAUCAUUGAAAGCCAGAAAACAAUCAAGGAAUGUGUCAAAUUGAUGUUGGAGCAAAAAAGCAAUCAAGAACUGGAAAACAUUGAUCAUGAUGAUAUCACAAAAUCAUUACUUCGUAUUGGUCAUGGCGCAUUUGGGGAUGUUUUCAAAGCAAAGAUAAAAGGAUCAACAGUUGCUGUCAAAGUAUUUCACCAAUUGAAAGAUUCAUCUGCAACAAAUGAAGUAAAAAUUUUAAGGUUGUUGAGACAUGACAAUAUUGUUGCAUAUCGUGGAAUGGUUACUUUAAGAAAUGACAUUGCAAAAUAUCAUCUAAAGGAAGGUAGCUGCAUGAUAGUUAUGGAAUAUAUUCCUGACAACCUAUGCUCACAUGUUGAUGGUCUGAAGUCGCCAGAAGUAAAAGGUUUGCUUUCUAGUCAAGUUUGGGAUUUUGCUGAGCAGAUUAUGAGUGGCCUAUAUUACUUGCACAGUUUCUCAAUCGCACACAGAGAUUUGAAGCCUGAUAACAUCUUGCUUGAGAAAGGUGUGAAGCGAAUGCGUUUGAAAUUGGCAGAUUUUGGUCUUGCUCUUCAUCAUAAGAAGUCCUAUGAUAUCAAUGCAAAGCUUAAUAAUAGAUGGUGUGCACCAGAAAUUUUUGAAAGCAAUAAUUGCAGCAAUGUUGAAUCAUUCAUGAAAAGUGACAUUUUCUCCUUUGGUCUUGUCUUGCAUUUUAUGAUAUCCGGUGAUAAACCAUGGGCAUAUGAAUUUUCGCCUGCUGUCCAGUUAGAAAGGUCAAAUUUUGACUUGCCUGAAUAUCCUGAGAACAUUGAGGAGGUUGGUCCUUUGAGGAAACUAUAUGACGAUUGCUUAAUAUUGGAACCAAAUGAUCGACCUACUGCUAAUGAAGUGAUUGAAAACACUUUUGAAGCUCACCAGAUAAAUCCUUAUACUGUUACGAUGCAAACAUCAGAGUUUUUUACUUGUGGUUUUUUAAAAAAUACGAAAAUCGUCAUCGCUGACAGCCUAGUUAAUGAGUCAAUGAGAAGCUCAGGUACUGGUUAUUUUCAAGGCUACCCACGUGACUGUUUGUUGUGCGAAUUAGAGGCUGAUGAUGAAAGAGACGAUGAAAUAUUUGAUUUUUUAUAUAGUGAAGAUUAUCGGAAAAGACGUUUUUAUUGGAGGAAUGCAGCGCAAGAUAACAAGAUAGUAGAUAACGUUCUCAUUGCUUUAAGUGAUCUCUCCACCCCCCGGGAAGGAGAAGAUGAAGAACAACGUGUUGUUCUAAAGAUGAGAGAAACGAGAUAUGUGCAUCAUCGUGCCAUGAGAGAUGUGUGGAAGAGUUUUGAUGAGAAAACUCAAAAUGAACAUUUGCCGUGUAAAACGUCAGUUCAUCGUCAUUUUAGCACUUCAUUUGGUCUUCAUAUUGCUGUAAUUACGGCUGACGGAAUGUUUAUCUUCACGUCUCGAGCUAAAAGAGUUGGAAUUGGCGGACCAGGGAUCCUUACAUGUGGUGCAGUUGAAAGUUGUUCAACGAACGAUUACGUGAAAAAAGAUGAUGGAAAGACUUACGUGGACCUCGUGAAAACCUCAGCAAGAGGUUUGAACGAGGAACUGGGAAUUAAUUUACAGGGAAGCGAUUUGGACGCUAUAUGUUUGACUACUGUUUAUCUGAAAUAUGACAACCAUGAGUGGGGGAUGUGUGGUUUUGUUGAUCUUUCAGAUGAACGGAUUGCCGCUGACCGACGUCUAACAUUCUCCUCUAUUAACUCAAGGUUUUCAACUGGUGCCUGCAAGGAUAAGUUCGAACGGGAUCGUUUAAUUGCUGUUCCUUUCAAACUACGCGAAAUGACGAAGUUCGUGCGCGACAAUUCAGAUAACUUUGCAAGCUCGACAAAAGUUGUUGUUGUGAAAGUGAUGCAAGCUUAUUUUGAAGUCAUGGAAGUUGAGCAAUAUUUUAAAAGGAAUGGAUGCAUCUGGCUAAUUUCUACGAUUAUAUUGAAGUAAUGUUUUUAGAAUUUUUCGAUUUUGCAGAAUAUUUUUCAGUUUUGGAUUACUAGUCAGUCAUGAGCACAUUUUGCACACGAAAGUGUCAUGCAUUGCAUGUUGCCAUUAAUCUUUAGCUCGCCAAAAUGAUUUUGAACUCUUCACUUUUUCAAACUUUAUUGCCUUUUUUUCCGUAUUUUACUCAUACCUUUCUGUUUUUAUCUUACUAGCUGUCAUUGGUUCGUGUAAUCAGCACAAUUUUACCCUAUA